AUGCUUUCAACAUUAUAUGAUUCCUCUUUCCCAAUAAUCAAUCCAAAAGUUGGAUAUAGUACCGUUUUACAAAGGGCAGGUUUCGAUACCAAUUUCAAGAAGGUUCCUAGAAAUGAAAAAAAGAAUAACCAUACUAAAAGGAACGAGAAAAGAGGGAAACCAUCGAGACCACUUAAUAAUUCUAGUUUCAAUGUGGAUCAAGAAAUUUUUUUUCAUAAAAUAAAUAGUACCAUAACAAAGACUAAUACCUGUGAUUGUACCAUGGUAGAAACAAGAGUUAAUUCCCUUGAAGAAGAAAUUGAGAAAGAACAACAGUUUAAAAAGAGAGGUACGGAUAAUAUGCCUGCUAAUGAAGACCAAAAUUUAGUUGGCUUUUUCUCAUUUGAAGAUACUACUUGUGUUAAUUUAAAUAAUAGUUCUAUCAAUGUUGAAAGAAUAUCAUCUAAGAAUAAAGAAAAUUGUGAUUCAUUAAAUGUUGCGCAGGAAGAAGGAGAAGAAUUGAUUGCUCAAAAUAGACACAAUAGAAAUAAAAAAGUUGUUGAUGCAACGGAAUUCGAUUUUGAGCACUCUCAUAAUAUUGAAAAGUCCUUUGAAAAAUAUAACAUUUCCGAAAUAUUGGUAGAUAAAAAAGAGGAUUCAUCGUUCCUUUUUUCUGAAAUUUCGACAUGGGAAAGUCUUAAUAUUGACAAACCCAAUAAGAAAUUCAAACAUGAUAAUGAGGGAAAGAACCAAAUUUCCAUAGAGAAUGAACCAAAUUUAUUAUCAGAAAGUUUUUUUGAAGAAGAGAAAAAACUUGAAAAGGAAAAGCUACAAGAAAUUGAAAAGUUACUAUUGGAAUUAAAUGAAAUAAAAACAAUGAAAGAUGAUAUUUUAGAACGCGAUUUGCUUAACCUUUCUGAAAGGAAGCCUACACACUAUAAACAUAAUUAUAACAGAAGCAGUUUUUUUCUGUUAGAAGAUGAUAAAGAUUCUCAUAAUGAAGAAAUAGUUUGUAGAGAGUUUAUUGAACUUUCCAAACUGGAUAAAGAUAAUUUAAAUGUCAAGAGACCUCGCUUACAAAAUAAUGGAAAUGAUAAGAAUGAGAAUGGACAUGGUUGUUGCUCCAAUAGAAUGAAUUUAUUUCUUAACGAGCACUAUCUACCCGGAGAGGGACCAUGUAGAAAAUGUGGGAAAGAAAUCACAAAUAGUAGUAAAAGAAUAUUUUCUAAAAAGAAAAACAUUGGAAAUUUUGGGGAAUUAUCUGGACAAUGGCAUAGAGAAUGUUUCCGAUGUCAUAUUUGUCAUAUUAAAUUUGAUAAGAAUAUUGAGGUUUAUAUUCAUGACGAUGUACCAUAUUGUGAAUUUGAUUUCCACGUUGUGAACAAGAGUAUUUGCCUUAUUUGUAAUAAAUUUGUUGAAGGGAAAUGUUUCAUUAAUGAAAAACUAGAGAAAUUUCAUGUUUAUUGCUUAGAAAGAUACCAAGAUGCACCUAUUUCAGGUUGA